UCGAGCGGUUCCGGUUUUUCUUUGAUGGCUGUGCUGGCACGUUUCUUUCGUUGAUGCAUUUCUCGCGAAUGGGCAGUAUGGAAGUAGUUAACGCCGAUUCUAUCAACACCAAUUUGGAGGCCAUGCUGCGGGAAAACACCGAUCUGUCUCCCGCAGUGGCUUCGUUGCAACUGCUGCUCGAGUUCAUCGAGAACGACGACUACACGACCAUCCAAGGCAUGGAAGAUAAUCUGCAGAAGGUGAUCAGAGGCAUUUGUACCGCGAAGUGUUCAAUCACGUGCGUCAGGUCGGCGUGCGAGCUGUUUGUGCGUUUCGCCACGCGCACGGCGCUCGACUGCUCCAUCGACGAAUGCAAGAAAAAGAUGUCUACACGAGGCCGUACUUUCUUGGAGAAGAUGCGCGCGGCACGCUCCAAAAUCGCCACGCUUGCCGCUCCGUUCGUGCAAGACCGCUCGACUAUCCUGACGCAUUCCUUCUCUCGCGUUGUGCGUGACACGCUGUUCGCUGCGGCCGAGGACCACAAACAUUUCACCGUGUACGUCACCGAAUCGGCGCCCGAUUACAGUGGCCGACAGUUAUACGAGGCGCUAGAGGAAAGAGGAAUCAGUGUGACGGUGAUUCUCGACUCAGCUGUCGGCUACAUUCUGGAAAAAGUGGACGUGGUUCUCCUCGGAGCUGAGGGAGUAGUCGAAAGCGGCGGCAUCAUCAACAAAAUCGGCACCUACACCAUGGCCAUGUGCGCCAAGGAAAAGAACAUCCCGAUUUACGUGCUCGCCGAAAGCUUCAAGUUCGCCAGGAAGUAUCCUCUGAACCAGAAAGACCUGCCCGAUGAGCAAAAGUACCCGUCCGACAGGCGUAAUGGUAACACCGACCUUUCCAAGGAGCACCCCAUGAUUGACUACACGCCACCUGCGUACAUCACUCUUCUGUUCACGGACCUUGGAAUCUUGACGCCGUCGGCGGUUAGCGACGAGCUUAUAAACUUGUACGUAUGAAAGCGCACUGAA